CAUUUUCUUGUCUCCUUUCUGAUAUUAGGGGCACAGUGCCAAUGACUGGAGGAGGAAAUAUUACAGCAGUCACCCAUUUCAUCCUACUGGGAUUCUCAGAUUUUCCCAGAAUCAUUUCAGUGCUCUUCAUUAUAUUUCUGGUGAUCUACAUUACAACUCUGGCCUGUAACCUUUCCCUCACUUUUAUAAUAAGGAUGGAUUCCCACCUCCAUACACCCACGUAUUUUUUCCUCAGUAAUCUGUCCUUCGUAGAUGUCUGCUAUAUCAGCUCCACCAUCCCCAAGAUGCUCUCCAACUUCUUACAGGAACAGCAAAGUAUCACCUUUGUUGGUUGUAUUAUUCAGUACUUUAUCUUUUCAACGAUGGGGCUGAGUGAGUCUUGUCUCAUGACGGCCAUGGCUUAUGAUCAUUACGCUGCCAUUUGUACACCCCUGCUUUAUUCAUCCAUUUUGUCACCCACCCUCUGUGUUCGGAUGGUACUGGGAGCCUACAUGGCUGGCCUCACUGCUUCUUUAUCCCAAAUUGGUGCUUUGCUUCAACUCCACUUCUGUGGGUCGAAUGUCAUCAGACAUUUCUUCUGUGAUAUUCCCCAACUGUUAAUCUUGUCCUGUACAGACACUUUCUUUCUACAGGUUAUGACUGCUAUAUUAACCAUGUUCUUUGGGAUAGCAAGUGCCCUAGUUGUCAUGAUAUCUUAUGGCUAUAUUGGCAUCUCCAUCAUGAAGAUUACUUCAGCUAAAGGCAGGUCCAAGGCAUUCAACACCUGUGCUUCUCAUCUGACAGCUGUUUCCCUCUUCUAUACAUCAGGAAUCUUUGUCUAUUUGAAUUCCAGCUCUGGUGGUUCUUCCAGCUUUGACAGAUUUGCAUCAGUUUUCUACACUGUGAUCAUUCCCAUGUUAAAUCCCUUGAUUUACAGUUUGAGGAAUAAAGAAAUUAAGGAUGCCUUGAAGAGGUUGCAAAAGAGAAGGUGCUGCUGAGUUUAUGAAUUCUGAGAUUUCUGCCAGAUUUAGCCUGUCAGAAUCCCCUUAACCCACAAAAUGACCAUGAAUGGACUAUAACAGAAUUCAUACUUCCGGUUGCCUUUGGACAAAGAAGGCUUGAUUUGAUGCAGAAAAUAUGCCAAUAUGGAUGAACAGAUGACUUGAUGCCAUAGACAUCAGAAUCUUUAGGUCCUGGGGGUUCAUUAUUUUUACCCUACAUCAGGUCUAUCUAAAAGUAUUUAUGAAACAACAAGAUUUAGAAAUCUUUUAUUUCUUGUGGAUUCUCAGAUUGAAGAGGGCUCAAUGUUAGGACUUCAUCCCUAGAGAAAUGAGGCCUGGCAGAGACCCCCAGGAGUUCAGAAACAUCAUCUCCCAUAUAUGCUGAUACAGCAUAAUGAAGACAUGGUGUUAACCAUUAAUUAUUCUGUUUCUAGACAAGAGAGAAUAAACAGACACAGGGGUUCUGUCACUGGAAAGGGGAAAAAGCAAUAUAUUGGCCUGGUUGUGGCUUUAAGAAAGAGCAAUCUGAAAUAGGUGCAGUUUGCCUAAGACCUCUUUCAGCACUAAUCAUCUAAUAAGUUUUUGGCAGUUUCCUUGCCUACACCAGCUGUAGCAUAAAGAAGGAGGUGAUUUUAAUCCUGAAGUGGGAUAGAAACAAGGAUAUCGUUCCUCCAAUGACAUUUACUUAUGAGUUUGAUGACUUGAUUUCUUGUAUCUAGCAUCUAGUGGGAAUUUGUAAUGGUAGAUGGUAUUCAGAGUUCACAGCCAAUAGCAGUAUCUGAUAUUGUGAGACUCAAACUUUUCUUUUUCUCCCCCAUUACAUUUAGAAAAUGUUCUCUUGUUUGACUGGGUAGCUUAUUGAAUCCAGGAGAGGAAAGAAACAUGGGGCAAGGUAUCUCAGUCAAACUCAACCUAGACAAGCUAACCUACAGUCAUGUUUGGAGAAGUCAUACAUUUAAGCCUACUCUACAUCAGCCAGUCUCAGCUGAUCUCUAGUUGAUCUGAGGAUACAUGAGUGACAAUAAAAGAAUGU